AGUCUGCAAAGAGUACUUUUGUAGUCUGUGAUAAAGCGCGUGCUCGAGUUUGUGUCAAGGAACAGUUUCGAUACAUUUUAUUUCAUAAAUUUAACAUUAAUUUCUUUGAAAACAUCAAAAAUGGCUCUGCAUGUUCCAAAAGCUCCUGGGGUACCCCAAAUGUUGAAAGAUGGUGCACGGAUGUUUUCUGGAUUAGAAGAAGCUGUCUAUAGAAACAUUAAUGCUUGUAAACAAUUUGCUCAGAGUGUACGUUCUGCCUAUGGUCCAAAUGGUAUGAAUAAAAUGAUAAUCAAUCACAUUGACAAACAGUUUGUCACUAGUGAUGCAGGCACUAUCAUUCGAGAACUAGAUGUUGAGCAUCCUGCUGCCAAGUUAAUGGUUCUUGCAAGCCAAAUGCAAGAUACUGAAGUUGGUGAUGGUACAAAUUUUGUGAUUGUACUAUCAGGUGCUCUUUUGGAAGCUGCUGAAGAAUUGUUGCGUUUAGGCGUAACCACAAGUGAAAUAGCUGAAGGAUAUGAAAAAGCUUUGGACAAGUGCUUAGAAAUACUACCGGAACUAGUAUGCCAUAAAAUAAAUGACUAUAAAGAUGUUGCAGCUGUUGUAAAAGGUGUCAGACCAUCGAUAAUGUCCAAGCAGUAUGGAAAUGAAGAUUUUAUUGCUGAACUAGUGGCGAAAGCAUGUGUAGCCAUUUUGCCUGAAAAAACAACAUUCAAUGUGGACAAUGUCAGAAUAUGCAAGAUCCUGGGUUCUGGUCUUUUGCAAUCUGAAGUUCUAUCUGGCAUGGUAUUCAAGCGUGAAGUGGAAGGAGAUAUAAGUUCAGUAAACCAAGCUAAAGUAGCUGUUUACUCUUGUCAAGUAGAUAUUACACAAACUGAAACAAAGGGCACAGUUCUUAUCAAAACAGCAGAUGAGCUUCUCAAUUUCAGUAGGGGUGAAGAGUCUCUUCUGGAAAAGCAGAUUAAAGACAUAGCAGAUGCUGGAGUUAAAGUUAUUGUUGCUGGAGCUAAAUUUGGAGAUAUGGCUUUGCAUUUCUUAAAUAAAUUUGGAGUUAUGGCUGUUCGUCUUAAUUCCAAAUUUGAUCUUCGCCGCCUUGCUCGAACAGUAAAUGCCACUGUGCUACCACGGCUGACUACCCCUACUUCUCAAGAGCUUGGUUACUGCGACACUGUUAAAGUGGAAGAAUUGGGAGAUACAAGGGUUGUAGUAUUCCAAAUGCAAAGUGUUGAAUCCCGCAUAUCUACUGUAGUUAUUAGGGGCUCCACUGACAACUAUAUGGAUGAUAUUGAAAGAGCUAUUGAUGACGGUGUUAAUACAUUCAAGGGUAUUUCUAGAGAUGGACGUUUCUUACCUGGUGCUGGAGCAACAGAAAUUGAAUUGGCACAAAGGCUUCUUGAGUAUGCAGAUACAUUACCAGGGCUGGAACAAUAUGCUGUGAGAAAAUUUGCAGUAGUUUUAGAAAGUAUCCCUCGUGCUUUGGCAGACAACUCAGGGGCAAAUGCUACAGAAGUAAUCAACAAUAUCUACAAAGCACACAAGAAUGGCAAUAAAAAUGCUGGUUAUGAUAUUGAUUCUGAAAACAGUGGCGUCAUAGAUGCAAAUGAAAAAGGAAUUUUGGAUUUAUAUGUCUUAAAGAGUUGGGGACUUAAGUAUGCAGUUGGUGCUGCCACAACAAUAUUGAAAGUUGACCAAAUUAUAAUGGCAAAGAGGGCAGGCGGACCUAAGCCUAAACAGCAAGCGGGCAGUGAUGAUGAAGCUUAAGUUUAAUAUUUAUUUUAAAACCAAGGCUUUCUUACUCAGUAUUUAGUGUUACAGAGGUAAUAAUUUUUAUUUGUACACUUCUUUUUAGUUAAAAACUUGGCUCAUGUGCCUUUACUAACAUAAGUGACUGAUAUAAAAUUUAGUUUAAACCAGCUUGAAUAAUUUGUUCAUGUGAGUAACAACAGGAAUUUAUUUGUCCACUGAUGUAAUAUUGGCCAGUGACUCUUUAUAUAUAUUAUUAAUACACUUCU